GCCCCGACGACCUAAACAAAACAGGCUGGCGGACGCGUGAUGCUGCCGACGACAGAUACAGUUAAUAUAUUUACGACCACAGGCAUAGAAGGAACGAGAAAAGUCCACAUUUAAAGAGCGAGUACCAUGUGACCUGUAUUUGUAAGAGAAAGAAACUGAAUUAACAAGAGAAUUCUGAGUUGUCAAGAUGGGGGAAGAGACUGAUUUUGAUAAAAAGAAGGGACACAGCCACCGCCAUGCUGGACGUAAGGCUGAGAAAAAGUCUGCUAAGAACGAACAUGUUCAGGAAUUGACAGAUAAGCAACGUAAUCCCAAGGCCUUUGCUUUUAACUCUGCAGUUAAAGCCCAGAGGAGAUUUGUAAGGACCCAAGAUAUUAAAUCCAAGAAGCACCACAUACCUGUUGUUGAUCGUACACCUUUGGAGCCGCCUCCUGUGAUUGUGGCAGUCGUGGGUGGACCCAAGGUUGGGAAAUCAACUUUACUGCGAUGUCUGAUCAAAAAUUACACCAACCAGAGGUUUUCUGAGAUCAAUGGACCUGUCACCAUUGUUGCUGGUAAAAAACGAAGACUAACAUUCAUAGAGGUGAACAAUGACAUCAACUGCAUGAUUGACAUUGCCAAAGUUGCUGAUAUUGUCCUUAUGCUCAUUGAUGCAACAUUUGGCAUUGAAAUGGAAGUCUUCGAGUUCCUGGAGAUAUGCCGAGCUCAUGGCACGCCACGCAUCAUGGGGGUAUUGAAUCACUUGGACAUGCUGAAGGAUAAUAAGGCCUUAAAGAAGAAGAAGAAAGCUCUUAAACACAGAUUCCAAGUGGAGCUCUAUCCUGGGGCCAAGUUGUUCUACCUAUCUGGUCUGGUUCAUGAGGAGUACCUGAAAAAUGAGGUGAAAAACCUUGGACGCUUCAUUUCUGUGAUGAAGUUCCGUCCCUUGACUUGGCGUACUACACAUCCUUUUGUUGUCGUUGAUAGGUACGAGGAUAUCACCAAUCCUGAGAGCAUCAGAACUAACCCCAAGUGCGACCGAGAUGUUGUUCUUUAUGGCUAUGUGCGAGGCGUACCCUUCCAGAAGACCCAGUCGGUCCACAUUCCAGGUUGUGGAGACUUUAAGAUAAAGGACCUCAGCUUCCUUCCAGACCCAUGUCCACUUCCAGAGCAUUUGAAGAAGAGGUCACUGAAUGCCAAGGAGAGACUGACAUAUGCACCAAUGUCAGGAGUAGGUGGGAUAGUUUAUGACAAGGAUGCGGUCUAUAUAGAUCUUGGAGGCUCACAUCAUGGAAACAAAGUCAAGGUUAAAGAUGAAGAGAGUGAAGAGGAAGAUAGUGUUCUUGAACCACUGUUGGGCCUCCAGAAAACUGCAGAUGAAAAACAGGCUCAGAGUCAGAUACAACUUUUUUCUCGGUCUCAGUUUAUUUCAAGUGAUGUUCUUGAGGAUGACGACGAUGAUGAUGAGGAGGAGGAGGAAGACGUCAGAAAAGAUGAAAUUAAUUAUUCGAAAGCAGGAGACAAACUUCCUGCUUAUGAAACAGUGAGUGACAGCACCGGCAGAGUCAGAAGACGGGCAAUUUUCACAGAUAACUUAGAGGUUGAGGACAAUGAUGACAGUAGUGAUGAUGAGGAUGAUGAUGAAAGUGAUGAAGAGAGUGAUCAAGAGGAGGUAAAUGAAAUGGCCCCUCCAAGAAAAAAGUCGAAGAGUCAACCAUCUUGUGAGACGAGAGAAAGGGAACCUAACUCAGACAGUGAUUCUGAUGAUUAUGAUUUAGAUGCUGAUUUACAGGAUGUCCGUUGUUUACAAAAUCAUGAUGGUGGUACAAGUCAUUCUAUGGGAUCACUGUCACAGAGGCGAACUCCAUAUCUGAAAAAUAACAAAGACUCUGAUGUGACUGUUAAGAUUCAAGGCCUACUAGAAAAGAUAACCAAGUCCUCUGAUCAGAAACCCAAGAUAAAACCCAUAAGUGGUGGUGAUAGUGGUUUCAGUAAUGAGGAAAAUGAUAGUGAAGAUGAUGUAAUGGAUGAAGGUGAUGGUCUUUCUCAAAAUAACAAUGUUAAUAUGAAUUCAGUUGAAAAGAAAAUUGAAGAAGGAAGUGAUAGUGAUCAAGAUGAUUCAGACAGUGAAGAAGAAGACGGCAGACUAGAAUACCGUAGUAGCAUGUUCAAGCAAGCUACACAAAAUUUUUAUAGGAAUCAAAGCACUGUUUCAUAUUUAAGAAAAUAUAUUUAUGGUGAUGUUAAAGAGGAGGAGAGAAAUGCUGAUGAAAAUGAUGAAGUUGGUGGGCUGUUUAAGCGACCUACACGACCAAAGUCAAGUGGUGGAGAACCAGUGCCUCGUGCUCUCAUUGAUGAAGUGGACACAAGCCGUUAUGUCCCUUCGAUUCUUAGAGACUGGAGUGUAGAAGAGCUCCAGCACAGUAUUCGUGACUGCUUCAUGACUGGGGACUGGUCAGAUGAUAAGGAUGCUCAGACACUUCUCAAGAUGGAUGAAGAAGACAUCUAUGGAGACUUUGAAGAUCUAGAGACUGGAAAGAAAUUCAGUGCAAAUACUGAAGGAAAAGAAAAUGAGGAAGUGACUGAGGAUAGUGGUCCAGAAGUCAAAAAAGAAAAAUCUGCAAAAGAAAAGCUUAUUGAAAAGAAGCUACGCCUGAAGCAGAUGUUUGAUGCCGAGUAUGAUGAUAAUGGCAGCGGAGAGCACUUUGAUUCUCUCAAGGCAGAAAUGAAUCAGCAGGCCCAGCUAAAUCGUCAGGAAUUUGAAGGACUGGAUGAUGAAUUGAGGGUACAAUAUGAAGGUUACCGACCGGGCUUGUAUGUUCGCAUGGAGUUUAGCCAUUUCCCAUGUGAAUUUAUCACUAACUUUGAUCCCAGCUACCCAGUCAUUGUUGGAGGUUUGCUUGAUAAUGAAAACAACAUGGGAUUUGUCAGGGUUCGUAUCAAGGUUCAUCGCUGGUAUCCUAAAAUUCUUAAAAAUCGAGACCCUCUCAUCCUCUCACUGGGCUGGCGACGCUUCCAGACUUUAAUGUACUACGCCAAGAGGGAGGACAACUUCCGGAUGCGGUCAUUGAAGUAUGCCAGGAAGUACCUACAUAUAGAGGCAAUGUUCUGGGGACCAAUAACUCUCGUUAACACAGGAUUUGUUGCUCUACAAAACAUCACAGAUCGUGUGCCUGAGUUCCGCAUUGCUGCUAACGGUGUGGUUAUGGAAACUGACCAGAGCUGUAAGAUAGUGAAGAAACUCAAGUUAUUAGGCUACCCAGAGAAAAUUAUGAAAAAAACAGCCUUCAUCAAGGACAUGUUUCAUUCAGAGACAGAAAUUGCAAAGUUUGAGGGAGCCAAGAUUCAGACACAAUCUGGAAUCCGUGGCAUCAUUAAAAAAUCCAAGGGCCAGAAAGGAUUGUUCCGUGCUACAUUUGAGGAUAGCAUUAAAAUGAGCGAUGUGGUGAUCCUUAAAACCUGGGUACCAGUGGAGAUGACUCAGUUUUGCUUCUCUGUUUACUCCCUUCUACUGCCCCCAAGUGAGAAGGCUGCCUGGCAAGGCAUGAGAACAGUGGCUCAGAUUAAAAAGGAUAAGGGUAUCAGAACUUUGGUCAACCCAGACUCUUUGUAUACGCCCAUUACCAACCGUCGUGAGUAUAUUCCUCUGCCAUUGAAAAUUCCAAGGGAACUCCAGAAAGCAUUACCUUACAGUGAAAAGCCCAAGGUCAUUCCAACGGCAAAGAAAGCGCAGCGUGUUCUUGUUGUUAAGGAUUCCAAGGAAAUUCAGAUGGAUAACUUCAUGAAGAGACUGAAGACAAUGAUGGAGCAUAAAAUGGAAAAGGAAGAAAUUGCCAGUGCAGAACGUAGAAAGAAAUUCCAAGAAGAUAUUGAAGAACGUGAACACAUGAGACAAGUUAGAGAGAAGAGGAAGAAAGCAGCAGCUUGUCGGUAUAAAAGUAAAAAACAGGGAAAGAAAAAUUUGGUGUAAUAAUGAUUUUAUGAUAUUAAAAUUUCUAGUAAAUA